CUGUCCGGGACUGGUGGGACGUUGGAGGACUGGGAGGCGGGGAGUGGAGGAUUGUGGGAUUGCGGAGGACUCGGGCGGAGGAUUGUGGGAUUGCGGAGGACUCGGGAGGAGAAUCAGUAACAACAGAAACCAAGAAAAUGGAUGUCUUUCUGAUGAUAAGACGUCACAAGACAACCAUUUUUACAGACGCCAAAGAAUCGACCACAGUUUACGAGCUGAAGAAAAUCGUGGAGGGAAUUCUAAAACGCCAACCAGAAGAUCAGAGGCUUUUUAAGGAUGAUCAGGUUUUGGAUGAUGAUAAGUCUCUGGGUGAUUGUGGGUUCACUAGUCAGACAGCGCGACCCCAGGCUCCAGCCACCAUCGGUCUCGCCUUCAAAGCCGUGGAUGAGCAGUUCGAGCCGUUACGUAUUGACGCUUUCUCAAACCCGCCCGAACUUCCCGACGUGAUGAAGCCUCAGGAUUCUGGGAGCAGCAGCAACGAGCAGUCUGUGCAGUGAGGGCGGACGCUCUCCUCCUCCUCCUCCUCCCUCUCUCCUCUCUCCUUCCCUCUCUCCCAA